CUUACUCACUCUUUUAUUUCUCUCUCUCUCUUUCUCGAUCUCUCGAUCUCAACGUGAAAAGCUUUCUUCUCUUCUCCAAAGGCAAAUCGAAAACAAGCAAAAAAAAAAGUUUCUCCGCCAAAUCUCUCCAAAACCCUUUCUUCUCUGCGUUUCUUCUUCAACUGCGCUCGCUCCGUCCGUCUCCUUCUUCUCACGUAAUCUCGAAGUCGGUUGUUGUUCCAGUCCUGCCAUGGCCGAAGGGAAGUUCGAUCUGCCUGACGAUCUCAUCUUUUCCAAAUCUUCUGAUCACUUGAAAGAAUUGGCCUCAGAUAACAACAUUCCUUUGUCUCCCCAGUGGCUUUACACCAAAUCAAGCGAUAGCAAGAUGGAUGUUCGAUCUCCUACUCCUGUGCCCAUGGGAAAUCCAAGUGACCCUAAUCUCAAGGAUGCAUGGCGCUUGGAUGCACCUGAAGACAAAAAGGACUGGAGGAAAAUUGUGCCUGACAAUGAAACUAGUCGCAGAUGGCGUGAAGAGGAAAGAGAAACUGGUUUACUCGGUGUCAGGAAAGCUGAUCGAAGAAAAACUGAACGUCGCAUCGACAAUGUCCCAACCAGAGAAACUGGUGACACGAAAACCACUGCUUCUUCUGAUAGGUGGCAUGAUGUUACUUCUCGUGCUGCUGUACAUGAACCUCGCCGCGACAACAAAUGGUCAUCUCGCUGGGGUCCUGAUGACAAAGAGAAAGAAACCCGUUCUGAGAAGGUAGAUAAUAAUAAUUACAAGGACAAGGAUGAGCCUCAUAGUGAAAGCCAAUCUGUGGUUAGCAGCAUCCGUGCUACUUCUGAACGGGACUCUGACCCUCGUGACAAAUGGAGGCCACGUCAUAGGAUGGAAGCCCAGUCUGCUGGGCCGACUUCUUAUCGCGCUGCACCUGGGUUUGGACUUGAUAGAGGACGAGCCGAGGGCCCAAAUUUAGGCUUCACUGUGGGCCGAGGAAGGGCAUCUGCAGUUGGGAGGGGUUCGUCAACCUCCUCAAUUGGUGCUGGUGCAUGUACUUUUUUAGGAAAUGAAAGUAUUCCUGAUAAACAAAGCGCUUCAGCCUCUAUGUUUCGGUAUCCAAGGGGUAAGUUGCUUGACAUGUAUAGAAAACAGAAGCCUGAUUCUUCCCUAGGUAGGAUACCGACUGAGAUGGAGGAAGUUGCCUCCAUUACUCAAGUGGCUUUGAUCAAUCCUCUUGCUUUUAUUGCACCUGAUGCCGACGAAGAGGCAAGCCUUAACGGCAUAUGGAAGGGCAGGAUCAUUAGUAGCGAAGUUUACACUCCAUCUGAGGAAGAAUCCUCAGGUGAUGAAAACAGCAUGGUAAAAUACUGCAUACCUGACUCAGGUGAGNGAAAUCCAAGUGACCCUAAUCUCAAGGAUGCAUGGCGCUUGGAUGCACCUGAAGACAAAAAGGACUGGAGGAAAANGGGUUACUUGGUCNGGUCAUCUCGCUGGGGUCCUGAUGACAAAGAGAAAGAAACCCGUUCUGAAAAGGUAGAUAAUAAUAACAAGGACAAGGAUGAGCCUCAUAGUGAAAGUCAAUCUGUUNCGUCAAGCGUCUCAAGAUUGAAUUCAGUGGCUUCUGAGAGUUAUGGAUCCGCUUUUACUAAAUCAUCUGCACUGGAUGGGAGUGAAUCCGUUGUUGCGUCUUUCGAGCAAGAUUAUAUGGGCAAGCUGGAGCAACCAGAUAUUGAAGUGAAUCACUCAGAAGGGGCUAUGCCACCUGAGGAUUUUUUGUUCUUGUAUAUUGAUCCUCAAGGAGUAAUUCAGGGACCUUUCAUUGGUUCUGACAUUAUUUCAUGGUUUGAACAAGGGUUUUUUGGGACAGACCUACAGGUUCGCUUGGCAAAUGCUCCAGAAGGAACUCCUUUUCAAGAUCUAGGCAGGGUCAUGUCAUAUUUGAAGGCAGAAAGCAUCGAUGCCCAUAUCAGUGACCAAAAGAAUGAGUUAGAAGAGACUACUUUAAAAGCAGAUUCAGACGCUGGUUUAUCAAUUGCACCUGUAGCAGAAUCCAAUGAUUCAUCCUCUAUAAUUGGCACAUCGCGUUCUUUUUCUGUGUAUAACAACCCUUCAGCUCAGGAUAAUUUUCAGAGAAUAUCUGAGUCUGAAGUUCAUGUGAAACCACCACAUGCUGAGGACCGAAGUUUCUUGGACUUCUCUGCUCAAGAUGAAGGAAGAGCUGGAGGUUCUGGUUAUGCGUCGGUUAAAUCCUCUGCAAGUGUGCAUGAUGCAUUAAGUGAAUUUCCUGGUCAGUCUACUAUUCCUGUUGAAUCAACUAAGGCUGCUACUCAAAAUCAGGGUGAGAAUAAGCUGCACCCGUUUGGGGUGUUGUGGUCUGAGCUAGAGAAUGGUAGUACACCAGUUAACCUGUUACCAAACAGGUCUUAUGAUGCAAUGGGGGAGUCUACUGGUUCAAUAGACAAUUGGCCCAUUGAUUCCCGAAGAAAUACGCAAAUUGAUCCCAGCAUGUCCCUUGAUUCUCUGGCUGCUAACCGGAUGGCGCAGUUUGAACAUUCCAACCGCUUUAACCUUGGGGAUCAACUUUCAUCAAAUCAACAUCACCAACAGCAAUUCCAAAAUCGGGAUAUGCUGUCGCAUUCAUAUAGAGGUGAUCAAGCUCAGGAUCUGGAGCAAUUAAUAGCUCUCCAGAUGCAGCAGCAGAAGCUUCAAUUGCAACAGCAGCAGAAGCUUCAGUUGCAACAGCAGCAGAAGAUUCAGUUGCAACAGCAUCAGCUGGAACAAGAGCAUCAGUUACAUCAGAAGCUCUUACAAGAGCAACAACAGUCUCAUGCUCGACAGUUACAUUUUCAACAGAUUCUACAAGGACAGACUCCUGAUUCAAGGUUUGGGCAGUCACAUGACUUCCCUCGAUCCAACAGUGUUGAUCAGAUGUUGUUAGAGCAGCAGUUAAUAAAUGAAUUGCAGAAAGGCUCUGGCCAUCCGUCACAAAAUUUUGCACCAUACAUUGAGCAACUUGCUGCAGGAAAUAUUGGGCAAUUGCCACAUGAAGGUCAUCAGAGGGAGCUAAUUGAACACCUACUUUCAACAAAAAUGCAAUCUCAAUAUGGACCAAUGCAAUCUCAAUAUGGACAAAUGCAAUCUCAACACGGACAACUGCAAUCUGAAUCAAGCCGGUCUUUGGAGUACCAACUGCUGCAGCAAGAGCAACUGAUGCAAUUGGCAAAUGGAAGGCACAAUACACUAUUGGAGGAACAGAGACAUAUUGACCCUCUGUGGCCAUCUGACCAUAAUGAUCAGCUUUUAAGAACUCAUCCUGGGAUCCAUCGUUCGCGGUCGUCGACGGGAUUUAGACCACUAGACUUUCAUCAACAGCAGCAGAGGCCACCCUUUGAGGAUCAGUUUGGUCAACUUGAGCGUAACCUUCUGUAUCAGCAACAUCUUCGACAAGAAUUGUUUGAGCAGGGUCUUCCAUUUGAGCGAUCAGCAUCCUUACCUGUAAGUGCAUCGGGGCUGAAUCUGGAUGCAGUAAAUGGUCUUGGACUCUCUCAGGGUUUGGAUAUGCGGGAUGCUACUGCCCACAUGCAAUCUUCGGGCAGAUUGGGAAAUUCUACUCUGGGUUUCAAUCAUCAGAAUCACCGUAUACCAUUAAGUGAACCUCAUUUUUCACAAUUGGAACCAAUGGAAGGACGCUGGCCUGGAGCUGAUACACAAGUGCCUGGUGACUGGGCCGAAUCUCAAAUGAGGAGACCGGGUGAAGAUUCCAACUCAUGGAUGAUAGGUGGUUCUACAGAAGACAGGUCAAAGCAGCUUUUUAUGGAGUUGCUCCACCAGAGACCCGGCCAUCAAUCUGCUGAGUCACCAAGCAUGAACCGGGGAAAUCCCUAUGACCGGAUGGCUCCUUUAGGCCUUACCCCAGGGAUUCAAACACUUGGUGGACUUUCAGACCAUGGUGGUAGUCUAAACGCUUCUGCUCUCGGGGCUCGAGCAGCUUCCGAUGAACAGGUCAACAGAUUACCGGGAGAUAGGAACAAUAUGGGAUCAUUGCACCGUAAUAGUUCCUUGCUUUCGGGAAUUAUUGAUAGUGGGCUGUCCAAUCUGAAUGAAACCCAAGCCAUCAGUAAUAUGUUUGCUAUGAAUAAGGACGCAAAUGACAUCAAAACUUGGAACAAUGUGCCGCCUAAAAAUGAGAAAAUGGGAAGGAUGAUGUCAUAUGAAGCCCAAGACAGAAUGGGCAAGCAAGCAGUAUUAACGUCCCUGGUUCAAGGGGAGCUUCCUGUUGCUACGCUUGGCCAACAGUCUUCUUUCAAUAUUUCGGACCACUACAGUGACAACUCGGUUGGAGAAGAUAGAAAGAAGGAUAGGUUGGUAGUGCCAUCACAUGGGCAGGAUUCGGUUUUGUUAAAAAGGCCUCCCUCGUCCCAUUCUUCAUCAUCGCAUGAAGGAUUGCUCGAGCGUAUGUCUGACACGGCUAGCAGGACAGCAGCAAGUUCGUAUAGUGGAACUGAAGGAGGUGUGAGACGGGAAUCAGGAGCAGCGGGAAACAAAGGGUCAACGUCAGAGGCAUCGUUCAGUGAGAUGUUGAAGAAGAGUAAUAGCAUGAAGAANGAAGACAGGUCAAAGCAGCUUUUUAUGGAGUUGCUCCACCAGAGACCCGGCCAUCAAUCUGCUGAGUCACCAAGCAUGAACCGGGGAAAUCCCUAUGACCGGAUGGCUCCUUUAGGCCUUACCCCAGGGAUUCAAACACUUGGUGGACUUUCAGAACAUGGUGGUAGUCUAAACGCUUCUGCUCUCGGGGCUCGAGCAGCUUCCGAUGAACAGGUCAACAGAUUACCGGGAGAUAGGAACAAUAUGGGAUCAUUGCACCGUAAUAGUUCCUUGCUUUCGGGAAUUAUUGAUAGUGGGCUGUCCAAUCUGAAUGAAACCCAAGCCAUCAGUAAUAUGUUUGCUAUGAAUAAGGACGCAAAUGACAUCAAAACUUGGAACAAUGUGCCGCCUAAAAAUGAGAAAAUGGGAAGGAUGAUGUCAUAUGAAGCCCAAGACAGAAUGGGCAAGCAAGCAGUAUUAACGUCCCUGGUUCAAGGGGAGCUUCCUGUUGCUACGCUUGGCCAACAGUUGGUAGUGCCAUCACAUGGGCAGGAUUCGGUUUUGUUAAAAAGGCCUCCCUCGUCCCAUUCUUCAUCAUCGCAUGAAGGAUUGCUCGAGCGUAUGUCUGACACGGCUAGCAGGACAGCAGCAAGUUCGUAUAGUGGAACUGAAGGAGGUGUGAGACGGGAAUCAGGAGCAGCGGGAAACAAAGGGUCAACGUCAGAGGCAUCGUUCAGUGAGAUGUUGAAGAAGAGUAAUAGCAUGAAGAAAGUGGCAGCAGAGUCAUCUGAUGCAACUGAAGGAAGCAAAGGUGGAGGUGGGAAGAAGAAAGGGAAGAAAGGGAGGCAGAUAGAUCCAGCUCUUCUUGGUUUCAAAGUCACCAGCAAUCGCAUUCUUAUGGGAGAGAUCCACCGCGCUGAUGAUUUCUAA